UCCGCUUUAGUGGUUUCCGUCGGCCGCGCAGAGACGGCGGAGGUCGGUGGAACGCGGCAUCCUGCUCCUGUCGUCUUCACUGUUGGGGGUCAGUCGAGUUUGGGGCAUCUCCGCCGCAGCCGUCAUCAUGUCGGUCCCUAGCGCACUCAUGAAGCAACCACCCAUCCAGUCCACGGCCGGGGCCGUCCCGGUUCGCAAUGAGAAAGGUGAAAUUUCAAUGGAAAAAGUGAAGGUAAAACGUUAUGUGUCCGGAAAGAGGCCAGAUUAUGCCCCUAUGGAGUCCUCAGAUGAGGAGGAUGAAGAAUUUCAGUUCAUUAAGAAAGCUAAAGAACAAGAAGCAGAGCCCGAGGAACAGGAAGAGGACUCAUCUAGUGACCCCCGACUGCGACGGUUACAGAACCGUAUUAGUGAAGAUGUGGAAGAACGAUUGGCUCGGCAUCGGAAAAUAGUGGAACCUGAAGUGGUAGGAGAAAGUGACUCAGAAGUAGAAGGAGAUGCUUGGCACAUGGAACGAGAAGAUAGCAGUGAAGAAGAGGAAGAAGAAAUUGAUGAUGAGGAAAUAGAGCGGCGCCGUGGCAUGAUGCGUCAGCGUGCACAGGAGAGGAAAAAUGAAGAGAUGGAAGUCAUGGAAGUGGAAGAUGAAGGACGUUCUGGGGAGGAGUCAGAAUCAGAGUCUGAAUAUGAGGAGUAUACAGACAGUGAAGAUGAGAUGGAGCCUCGCCUUAAGCCUGUCUUUAUUCGAAAGAAGGACCGAGUGACAGUUCAAGAACGUGAAGCCGAAGCACUGAAACAAAAGGAACUGGAGCAGGAAGCAAAACGUAUGGCUGAAGAGAGGCGCAAGUACACACUAAAGAUUGUAGAAGAGGAGACCAAGAAAGAGUUGGAGGAGAACAAGCGAUCACUUGCUGCACUAGAUGCUCUCAAUACUGAUGAUGAAAAUGAUGAGGAGGAAUAUGAAGCAUGGAAAGUGCGAGAACUAAAAAGAAUCAAGAGGGACAGAGAAGACCGAGAAGCGCUUGAAAAGGAAAAAGCAGAAAUUGAACGCAUGCGAAAUCUGACUGAGGAAGAAAGGCGGGCUGAGCUUCGGGCAAAUGGCAAAGUUAUUACCAACAAAGCGGUUAAGGGCAAAUACAAGUUUUUACAGAAGUAUUAUCACCGGGGUGCCUUCUUCAUGGAUGAAGAUGAAGAAGUAUACAAGAGAGACUUCAGUGCACCUACCCUUGAGGACCAUUUCAACAAAACCAUUCUUCCAAAAGUCAUGCAGGUCAAAAAUUUUGGACGUUCUGGUCGUACCAAGUACACCCACCUUGUGGAUCAAGAUACCACUUCCUUUGACUCUGCAUGGGGCCAAGAGAGUGCCCAGAACACAAAGUUCUUUAAACAAAAGGCAGCUGGGGUGCGUGAUGUAUUUGAACGACCAUCUGCCAAAAAGCGGAAAACCACCUAGGCUUCAACUUAUUCCAACUGUGGGACACAAGGGAAUGUCUCAGCAUCUGAUUCUCAAUUUUCUUUAACCAUUAUUUACAUAGUUCGUGUAUAGAGCCUUCUGGACUUAACUACCAUAACCUGUUUGAAGGUGCUUUUUGAGAGGUUGGACUGAUAAUGAAAACCCUACAGAAAAGCACUAACCAGGUAGGAUUAGAGGCUUCUCACUGAAAACUUUGAGAAAUCUUAAGCUUCUCUACUGUGGCUUCCCAUAUUGACUUGGGACUGUUCUGAGUUCUUUUUCCAGCUCCUUCACUUGAUCAGAAGUUCGGGCAUAUAAGUGGACAAUACAUUACUUCUACCUUAAGGGUAGGAGUGGUAUACUAGGAACUAAGCUCAGUACAUCAGUACAUGUUUUUGCAUUUUGGGGGUUAAGUGAACUUUUCUAAGUAAACAUACUUUUUAAUCUGUGUGUGUGUGUGUGUGUGU